AUGAAGAAACAAAUUGCGGGAAAUGUUCAACAAAUGAGACCAAAGUUUACUAUUAGAUCAGCUCUCAUGAGUGAUGGCAAAGACCUCACCAUUGAUGAGAUCUAUAAACAAUAUUUAGAGCAUUUUGUGCGCAUAUAUAACAUCGGCGGUCAUCUCCCAAACGGCCAAAACGCGUACACAUGGGGUGCGGGCUUUGGUAUCGGCGAAGACGACUGUAUUGUCACCAAUACUCAUGUGGUCGGAGAGUCGGACAAUAUAUUGAUCGAGAGGUUUCACAUUGACAUCAAUGAUGACGUGCGCGGAGUCGGUGUCAGGGAUCCUAAUCGGCGACUUAGGGGUCGAGUGGUUUACUUGAAUCCACGCUUAGAUAUAGCGAUAGUACAUGUGUCGAGCCGUAUAAUGACGGGUAUAGAGACCGUAGAGUUUGCGGACACCGUUGAGACGGGCGAACACGUGAUGAUUGUCGGGAAUCCGGCGCUCGAUUACUGUGUAUGCGAUGGAGUGGUCACAUGUGUUGGUCGUGAAGGCCAGACCAUUUCGGUCGACACUCACGACUAUUUCCAGAAUUGGUUGGACCCGAAGAAUCGGUACGUAAGCCACACGAGUCCACAAUACGGAGGUUUCUCUGGCGGUCCGUUGAUUAAUAUGAGUGGACGAGUGGUUGGCCUGAAUUGGGGCGGACUCAACACUUUUCGCCAUAAUUUUUCCAUCAGUUUCUCAGAUAUAAAGGGUGUUAUUAAAGAAAUGAAACAGUUUUUGGAGAAGAGACACACAUAUAGUGCGGACAAAUCGCUGGGAUUAAAGGUUAGGCCAAUGACGAGGGAUUUGUGGGAAAUGAUUUACGGCAAGACUUCAUGGCAUAUAAAUGAAGGACUUCUUGUUUGGGCAAAUUUGACGACCAGUUCUUUAAAUCAUAAUGAUAUCGAAGAGUAUGAUAUUAUGGUUGCAGUGAAUGACAUACCAAUCAAAUCUGUAAAACAGUUGAGAGAUUAUUGCCAUAAUUGUAAUCCUAAUGAAGUUCUCGAAAUACGUGUCAUCAGAAAUCUCGAAGUUUAUCAAAAACAGCAACAAAUUGUGGAAAAUGGCCAACAAUUUAAACUAAUGUUUACUCUCCGAUCAGCUCUCAUGAGUAAUGACAAAGAGCUAACCCUCGAUGACAUCCAUAAACAAUAUUUAUCGCAUUUUGUGCGCAUAUAUAAUAUCUGUGGUUAUAUCCCAAACGGCAAUAACGCGUACUCAUGGGGUGCGGGCUUUGGUAUCGGUGAAGACGACUGUAUUGUCACCAAUAGUCAUGUGGUCGGAGAGUCGGACAAUAUAUUGAUCGAGAGGUUUAACAUUGACACCAAUGGAGACGUGCGCGGAGUCGGUGUCACACAUCCUAUUCGGCGACUUGAGGGACGAGUGGUUUACUUGAAUCCACGCUUAGAUAUAGCGAUAAUACAUGUGUCGAGCCGUUUAAUGACGGCUAUAGAGUCCGUAGAGUUUGCGGACACCGUUGAGACGGGCGAACACGUGAUGAUUGUGGGAAAUCCGGCACUGGAUUACUGUGUAUGCGAUGGUGUGGUCACAUGUGUUGGUCGUGAAGGCGAUGCCAUUUCGGUCGACACUCACGAGUAUUUCCAGAAUUGGUUGGACCCGAAGAAUCGGUACGUAAGCCACACGAGUCCACAAUACGGAGGUUUUUCUGGCGGUCCGUUGAUUAAUAUGAGUGGACGAGUGGUUGGCCUGAAUUGGGGCGGACUUAACACUUUUCGUGUUAUUAAAGAAAUGAAACAGUUUUUGGAAAAGAGAUACACAUAUAAUGAGAAUAAAUCGUUGGGAUUAGCCGUCAGACCAUUGACGAGGGAUUUGUGGACAAAGAUUUACGGACCAAAUAUUGAAUGUCAUAUAAAUGAAGGACUUUUCUAUCAAAAACAGCAACAAAUUGUGGAAAAUGGCCAACAAUUUAAACCAACGUUUACUCUUCGAUCAGCUCUCAUGAGUGGUGAUAAAGAGCUAACCCUCGAUGACAUCCAAAACCAAUAUGUGAAGAGUUUUGUCAAAAUACAUAACCAGUCGUUCAAACUGCCCAAAAGAUCAACCCUGAGGUUUAUAAGCGCGGGCUUUGCCAUCGAGGAAACCGCGUGUAUUGUCACCAAUUGUCAUGUGGUCGGAGAGUCGGACCGAUUACUGAUCGAGAGUUUUAUCGUUGAACACAAUGGAGACGUGCGGACACUCGGCUAUCACAUAAUUUAUAUUUUAAUAUUUAUUAUCUCACAAUUGACUGCAAAAAUGAAUGCAGAGUUUGUAUCAAAAGGCGAUUACAAGAAUCACCAGAAAUAUGGCAUAAAUACCGAUGAAUGCGGUCUAAGAUAUGAACCGAUUUUAGUUAAUAUAAAUUAUCCGCAAAAAUGCUUUCAAACCAAUCAUUCAAUGAUACAAAUACUGGAUAAAGAGGUCUACUAUCAUAUGAACGAACCGGACAUUACAUUAAAUCGCAUAGUGGAUGGUGAGGACGCAGUGGUGUCGGGUAAACCAUUACAAGCACCAUGGGCUAUCAAUUUUCAAUUCAGAGCACUGGCCGUUUUGGACACCGACAGAUGUUCAGGUUCAUUGAUUGCUUUGAAUUGGGUCUUAACGGCCGCACAUUGUGUGGAUAAUCCAUGGUAUGGAAAAUGGGUGAUAAGGGCCUCGCAGUACAGGAGCGCCGGCUUUCAGACCCGACACGUAAACCAGACAUUCAAGGCGUCGAGCGGUGCGGACUUAGCUUUGGUUCAAACAGACCGACCCUUUGAUCGUCUUCGGGACCGCGUAUUGAAGAGACACUACUCUAUAAACACUGUAUGUCUGCCGCAAAUGAAUCGGAAUUUUAUUUCUGGAAAUGUGACGGUAUUUGGUUUCGGGUUCACUGGAGACAACUUACGCUUGCAAUCGGAUAAACUACAAAAGGCUAUACUAGAGCUCUGGUCCUAUGACUCGGUGACUGAACUGUGGUGUGACCUUAAUUAUGGCACUGAGAAACUUUGUGCCAAGUUUAUCAAAGGCAGGCUCUGUCAGGGUGAUUCUGGCGGCGGUUGGAUACACUAUAACGAUCGGUACGGCACUCAGGCGGUGGUGUCGGGCGUCACAAAGUCUACUGAUUUAGAUGCUAACGCUAAUGCUAAGGACAUGAUGUUUAGCGAGCUGCCGGUGUCUGGAAGGGCCCGAAGUGGUAGCCCGUUGACCCGCACUGCCAUAUCGACGAGGCCUAUUGACGGCCGCCCAGGUAGUUUUCCUGGACGGAAAGCUCACCUGUGUCGCCGUCGUCGUGGGCAGCCAUUAGAGUGGCUUCGGGCGUUGUGCUGUUGGUUGUGCCCGUGUUCGACCGGCGCCGAGUGCACUCCCUGUGCCAGUGCCAUGCCUCUACGCCAGCAAACGGCACGCUGUUGGUGGUCGAGAUCGUUGGCCGCGCUGUUGGCGAUCGCGAUCGGUGGCUACCAUGACUGUCGGGCGCUGUUGUGCCGGUUUUGCCGUGAAUGGGAUUGGUUGCGGCCGCUGUCUGGGAAGGGUGGCCUCAAGUUGCAGCGCAACUCCCAACCACGCCACAGCAGUCGGCGGAUUGGCACACAACAAGAGCCCGCGAUAGUGAGCCGGCAUCCCUUCGGUCAACUGUGCGACGACAUCCUCUUCCUCGAGGGUUGGACGGUCUCUGUGCUCUUGAGGUACCGGCGCUGGGAGGCAAUGAUGGGGUUGACCACAGCCGGUCCAAAGCGGGCGAUGAGUGCCGCGCGUACCUCAACCCAAGUCAUGGCCGCCAUGUUGGAUCCGGUCCGCGUCAUUCUUGCCCCGCGUGACCACCUCAAAGAGGUUACACCACAGGUCGGCACGAAUGACGGUCUUAUGGCUGGCAAACUUGGCCAGCAAAUUGUUGGGAUUGCAGCCAUUGGUGGCCGCGGGCUGAGAGCCGUUUGUUGUGGUUGCCAUUGUCUGUCGGCGGCGCUGGACUGUAGGGCGAGUCGGGAGGGGGCGACCGGAGCGAAGUUCAAUGGUGAACGAUGUGGUGAAGUGGAGGAAGCGUUGGUGAUCCUGCCGUGGAUUGCGCCAAUUGAGACACUUGUAGUCGAGUUUGUGGUGAAAAUCACUUUUAUUGAAAUGGAGUCAAGAAAGCAUAUAUUUAUUAUCUCACAAUUGACUGCAAAAAUGAAUGCAGAGUUUGUAUCGAAAGGCGAUUACAAGAAUCAUCUGAAAUAUGGCAUAAAUACCAAUGAAUGCGGUCUAAGAUAUGAACCGAUUUUAGUUAAUAUAAAUUAUCCGCAAAAAUGCUUUCAAACCAAUCAAUCAAUUGUUCAAACACUGGACAAAGAGGUCUACUAUCAUAUGAACGAACCGGACAUCACUUCAAGCCGUAUAACAGAUGGCGAGGACGCUGUGGUGUCGGGUAAACUAUUACAGGCACCAUGGGCAGUUAGUAUUCACUUCAGAGCACUAGGCGUUAUAAGCACCGACCUGUGCUCAGGUGUAUUAAUUGCUAUGAAUUGGGUCUUAACGGCUGCCCAUUGUAUUGAUGACUCUUGGAUUGGAAAAACAGUGAUCAGGGCCUCACCCUUUGCCAGCGCCGGCUUUCAGACCCGACACGUGAACCAAACAUUUAACUCGUCGAGCGGUGCGGACUUGGCUUUGAUUCAAACAGAUAAACCUUUUGACCGACUCCGGGACCGCACCCUAAAGAGACACUACUCUAUAAACACCGUAUGUCUGCCCGAAGCGAACCGUACGUUCACUUCGGGAAAUGUGACGGUAUUUGGUUUUGGUUACACC